AUCAGGUAUAAUGGCACAGCCUCCAUAUCCUCAAGGAGGAUAUGGUGAUCCCAACAUGGGAUAUCCACCCCAACAGCCAGGUUAUCCUCCUCAAGCCGGCUUUGCACCACAACAACCUGGCUAUCCGCCUCAACAACCAGGCUAUCCGCCCCAACAACCUGGAUAUCCAUCCCAACAACCUGGCUAUCCACCCCAACAACCUGGCUAUCCACCUCAACAACCUGGAUAUCCGCCCCAGCAACCAGGAUAUCCGCCCCAGCAACCAGGUUAUCCUCCUCAGGCCGGUUACCAACCCCAGCCACAGCCUGGAUAUCCCCCUCAACAACCUGGAUACCCUCCUCAGCAGGCAGGAGGAUAUCCUCCCCAACAACCGUAUGGGGCUCCAGUUCCAGGACAACAACCUCACCCAGGACAGCCAUAUGGUGCCCCUCAGCCGGGCUAUGGUUCUCCAGCCCCUCCUGUUGGGCAAGGCUAUGCCGUUGCCCAACCUGCUCCUCAACCUGCUUGCAACUUCACCCCUAACGCAGCAUACAGUGGACAUGGUCCUUUAGGGGCAACUAACGUGAAAGAUGUCAAAGCUAAAGGGGCGAAUGCCGGGAUGGUAAUCCUCAAUUUCUCCUGUAAGAAGCUGAGAGACAGAGAUGUGUUGAGCAAGAGUGAUCCUCAAAUCUUGCUGUAUACUAGUGUGAAAGACAGGGCUAACUACACCCUGGUUGGCAGAACGGAGAAAGUAAAGAACAACUUGAACCCAGUUUUCGGGACUGGAAUAGAAAUACCGUACAUAUUUGAGCGGCAGACUUUCUGCAAGGUUGUGGUAAUUGAUGAUGACAAUGAAGGUCUCAGCAAUGCUGCUGAUAACCUUGGGGAGGCAGAGUUCACGCUGGGACAGGCUGUUUCAAAGAAGACACUGGAUUUAGAUCUGCGACAUUUGAGGUGGGGAGUUAAGGGGUUGUGUAUUGUCAGCGCUUCUCAUACUACCAACACUAAGGAGCUGGUGACACUACAGUUUGAAGGUGGACACCUGGACCGGAAGGACACUUUUGGUAAAAGUGACCCGUACUACGAGAUAUACCGUAUAACGGGGGGAACUGAAGCUCUUGUGAAACGUAGUGAGGUGGUGUACAACAACUUGAACCCAAGAUGGAGGCAGGUGGAGAUAACGGGAACCCAGCUUUGUAUGGGGGAUGAGAACGCUUCUAUAAAGAUAAAAGUAUGGGACUACGACAGCACAGCAGCUCCAGACCUUAUCGGAGUGUGUACAACUACCCUGGCUAAGAUGAAGAAGGUUAAGAAGGAGAUAGUUGAGUUCGAUCUUAUCCAUCCUAAAAAACAGGCUAAGAAGAAAAGUUACAAGAACUCUGGGGUACUGAAGGUACUGCAGUGUACCACUGUCAAGACAUGGUCCUUCCUUGAUUACGUCACUUCUGGACUUCAGCUUAACUGCAUGGCAGCGUUUGACUUCACAGCAAGUAAUGGGCACCCCAACACGCCCGCUUCCCUGCACCAUCUCAACGCUCAGGGAGUUAAUCAGUACACCAUGGCAUGGACUGCUAUCGGCCAGGUCCUCCAGGACUACGACUGGGACAAGCAAUUCCCAGCGUACGGGUUUGGAGGUGCCCUGCCUCCCAACAACCAAGUCAGUUUCGAGUUUGCUCUCAACGCUAACUCGCAGGAUCCUAACUGUGCUGGUAUACAAGGCGUGAUCCAGGCGUACACGACAGCACUGCAGAAUGUAGCACUAUCUGGACCCACCAACUGCGCUCCUAUCAUUAGGACUGCGACGCGUUACGCUAACGCCUGCGCUACCACCCCUCACGGUGGACAGGGCUACCUGAUCCUGCUUAUCCUAACUGACGGCCAAUUCACUGACUUACAAGCGUGUGUACAAGCAAUACAACAAGCUCAGACUUCCCCUAUUAGCAUAAUCAUAGUGGGGGUUGGAAACGCUGACUUUAGUAACAUGGAGUAUCUUGAUGGGGAUAGGACUAACACUGCGACAAGGACGAGAGAUAUAGUUCAGUUUGUGCCGUUCAACAAAUACUGCCAUGGAGGUGCAGCUCAAUCUACACCCAAAAAACUACAAAAAGGUAUGGAGGAAAUGUCUGAAGCAAUGUUGGCAAACAUCCCAUGCCAAGUCAUCAACUAUUUCAUCUGUAAGGAGAUGAAAAAUGUUAUCUUCGAACCGUCGACCAAUAGUCAGACAAACUGUAAAAAGGACUUGGGAGUAAAGCGUGAGGUCAGACGGGUUUCUGUGCAACAGAAGGUUAAUCAGAUGGAGGCAUCCAUGAUGGCAUUUUCUGAGGACUUCUGAUAGAUAACCAGUUGGGACUUCAACAGUUCAUCAUUUGCUGUAGGGAUCGUUCACAUAUCACUUUAGGUGAAUAUUAUACCCUCUGUUACGUGAACGAUCACUUAAAUGACAUUUCCUUCGGACCGUUGAUUGAUUUAGAAUAUAAAAUGUCAGGAUAUAUGUCAUAGAUAUGUGUAUUAGUGGAGAAAC